AUGACGGACAAAAAUUUAGAAGUUGACGAGACCAUUGCAAAUAAAGAAGUUAUCAAUAAAUAUAAAAUUGCUGCUGAUGUUUCCAAUCGUGUACUCAAAAAGGUGGUCGAAUCCGCUUUGGAUGGAACUAAGAUCAUCGAUCUUUGUGCGAUGGGAGAUAAAUUAAUUGAUGAAAAUGUAAAACCUCUUUUCGUCAAAACCAAGAAUAUUAUCAAAGGUAUUGCUUUCCCCACUUGUGUAUCAGUGAAUAAUAUCAUCUGUCACUUUUCUCCAUUACCGUCUGAUGAUGACGGUACAGAAAGUUUAAAGAAUGGGGAUUUAGUAAAAGUUCAAUUGGGAGCACAAGUUGAUGGUUACGCAGCUAUUGUAGCCACCACAUUUGUUGUUGGAGCAUCCAAAGAAAAUCCUGUUAAAGGCCCUUUGGCAGAUUUAUUGACAGCUGCUCACUUAUCUUCUGAAGCCGCUUUAAGAUUGAUAAAACCUGGUUCGAAAAAUACCGAAGUUACUGAAACAAUACAGAAAAUUGCUAAAGCUUUUAAUAUGAAUUCCGUGGAAGAAAAGAAUAAUAUUGAAGGUAAGAAACAAAUAAUUCUCAAUCCGAAUGAAACCCAAAAACGCGAAUUUUCGGAAGCAGAUUUUGGUGUUAAUGAAGUAUACGGUGUUGAUAUAUUAAUCUCUACCGGUGAAGGGAAGCCUAAACAGUCAGUCAAACGUACAACAGUUUAUAAAAAAACUGAUCACACAUAUUUAUUGAAGAUGAAAACUUCUCGUAAUGUAUACAAUGAAAUCAGUCACAACUUUGGAAGUUUUCCAUUCUCUUUAAGAGCACUGGGCGAUGAGAAAAAAGCCAGAAUGGGAAUAGUUGAAUGUGUCAAACAUGAAUUAGUUAAUAACUAUGAUGUCUAUCAAGUAAAAGAUGGAGAAUUUGUCGCACAAUUCUUUAAUACAAUUUUAUUAACUGACAAUGGGGUUACUAAUAAGAUUACGAGUACUUUAUAUGAUCCUGAAUCAGUUCAGAGUGACAAAAAAUUGGAAGAUAAAGAUAUUUUGCAAUUAUUAUCUACUAAAGAAAAAAAGACUUCAACUGAAGUUACAACUGAAGCAAGCGGUUAA